AUGGAUUUAAAACUCGUAACGACUAAUAGAACCUUUCCCGAACAUGGUUUUUGGGAUUUUAAAGGCAAAGUUGACUACGUUGAUGGAUGGUUUCUAAUGAAAUCGCCGGUACCAUUACUGUUUUUGUCAAUAUCGUACUUAUUAUUUGUACUUAAGCUUGGGCCUAAAGUUAUGAAGUUAAGAGAACCGUUCAAAUUACGAAGCACUAUAAUAUUAUACAAUUUAUUUCAAGUUGCAUAUUCUUGUUUUCUACUUUUCAAAGGUUCCAGACUGAUCAUACCUAAUGGUCUGUUGGGUUCAUCAUGUCUAAUGGAUGAAGAAGACUUUCGAUGGAGGGUAUCAACUGGUAUCUACUAUUACUUUUUUGCCAAAGUAACGGAGUUGAUGGACACGAUAUUCUUCGUAUUGCGUAAAAACUUUCGUCAGGUCACAUUCUUGCAUGUAUAUCACCAUUCUUUGAUGAUGUGGAGCACUUGGAUUGCUUUGAAAUAUGAACCUUCCUACAAUGUAAUAUUCCUUGGAACGAUUAACUCUUCCAUUCAUAUAAUCAUGUAUGGCUAUUAUGCGUUAUCGGCAUUCCCCGAUCUCAAUAAAUAUUUGUGGUGGAAAAAGUAUAUUACUUUGAUGCAAAUAUUGCAGUUUAUGUGCAUAAUAUUACACGCGGCAGCGAACUACGCUUAUUCAGCGUGCCCACCUUCGUAUACUUUAUUAGCAUCAAUCCUGUUGAAUGCUUUACUAUUUGUUUAUCUUUUUGCAGAAUUCUAUGUCAACUCUUAUGUUAAUAAAAAUAAAAUUAAUACGCGUAGUAAAAGUAUCAACUCUUUGGCAAACGGAUCAGUCAAUGAAAAAUCAAACUAG